GGUGAAACCCUCAUUCGCACCCUAGUACCCGGUGCCGAUCAACCAAGGGUGAGAUUCCCUAUUCGAAACGGAGAAGACAACCGGGAACGUUGGGACGCCGCUUUAUAUCUCUUUCCUUCUUUCACCGAUUUUCGUGAACGCGAACCGUGAUCCGAGCGACCGCAUCAUAAAACAAUGAGAUCCUGGUUAUUGUGGUUGUCCCUUCUGUUGGUCGUCCUGGCCGACAGAGGCUUCGCCAAUCCUUACUUCGACGACGGUGAAGACAUAGGUGAUUUCCAAGGUGGCGACUCCUCGGAUUAUACGGACAAUGCUUUGGAAAAUCUGAUGCGAGCGGCACAAAAACGUUCCUCGUUCAUAUACUUGUUUAGGCGGGCUUGCAUAAGACGCGGCGGCAAUUGCGAUCACCGGCCGAAGGAUUGCUGCUACAGUUCCAGCUGCCGCUGUAAUCUCUGGGGCUCCAAUUGCCAAUGUCAACGGAUGGGUCUCUUCCAGAAAUGGGGCUAAGCUAUCUCUUUCUCUCCCUCGUCCCCUCUCUCCCCCCAUCGAUCCUUUUUCCCUCCCGCCAUUCUGAGUCUUCCUACGCGCAUCACGCGUUUCCUUUUUCUCUUUUCAUUUUUUUUUUCUCUUUUUAUCAUGCAGGAGAUUAUCCCGACAACAAAUAUUCUCCUUCUCCUCUCGAGCACACUCGGACGUUCCUCCUCUGUACAAUUUAGCCCCCAGCCGAUAUGUAUAUCUGUCCUGUGGGAGUAAUUCUCUAGUGUCUUCAAUAUUGCUUAUAUCAACUUACAUUUUCGAUUGAAGGCCUCAAUGAUAUGCUUGACAUCCUUUUUUGUUUAUGUUUAUUAGAACCUUUUUAGUCGAGAUAAUACGAUUAAUUUAAAACAUGUUAUUCUCAAAAAUUCUCUGCGUAUUUUUCUGCUAUAUCUUUAGUACCAGUCCCUCUCAAUCUACCUCUUUCGCGAUAUUCGAUAUCUGAAAACUGGUUGUGCCAAUCAUUUAAUUAUGCUUAACGAUUUUCUCUUUCUAUAUCAUAACUCCAAUGACAGUAUCAAUAAUGCAAAAAAAAAAAAAAAAGAAUUAAUUCGCGAUGGCCAACUAUAGAGCAAUUGAUCCUUAUCGAAAAUCGCGAUUCUCGUAAAAAAUAUUAUAUUAAAUAACAUUUUACUAUGGGUGUUAUAUUUCUUUUUAUCGUAUUCACUAUUUGUUUUAUCAAAAAUUUUCUUUCCUAAAUCUCUUGGAUUUUUCAUCGUUUUUCAUCAAUGAAAGUCAUCGUCGAAUUGGAGCAGAGAAAGACAAAUGCUCAUCUCACUCAAAGAACCGAACGUUCCUUCGGUUUCCGUUCCGGUCCGAUUGGAUCUUCCAAAUAAGACGCACGAAGAAUGCAGCCAUGAGAAUGUAUUGUAUCCAUAAUAUUUCAAGUUGUAUCGUACCGCUUGCUUCCAAUUUUUGGAUAAGUUUAGAAAUUAUGUAAAAUAUAUGUAAAUGUAAUAAAAUUGAAAGUUGCGUAUAUUUUGUGACGACAAUUCUUCUUUGAAAGAUCUUUGAUUGAAAAUGAAAAUUUGUUAAUAUAUUCCCCCACAAUUCUAAACUUAUUAUAGAAAUAUAUAAUUUUUAAUUUAACGAUAUAAAUGAAAAGUUGGAAAAAUACGUUACAAACUAACAUAUCUAUAUUAAUAUAUCUAUAUCUAUAUAAAAUUGUCAAACAUAAUCAGAAUGUCGAAUUCUCGCGUAUCGCGCUGCUCCUUUUCGACGAUCCUUUCGGACCUUCAAGAACUUAUCUACAGAGAAACUAGAUAGACUCGACUCUCCCGUUAUAAAUAAUAAAGUCUACGAUAAAUCUCGACAUUAAAUACGAGAAAUGUGAUCCUUCACGGUGAAUCAAAUAAGAUUCUCUCAUAUCUGCGAAACUUCGCAAUCUUUCUGGACGGGACGAAAAAUUCGGGAAAAACAUUAGCGAAGAUAUACCGCGAUAAAUAAAUUACAGGAAAUACUGCUCUCUGAUUGGAGAUAUAUCUCCGGCCACUUUCGCCAAUCAGAUCGUCGGUGUUCCUUGAUCGUCACACCAUCGAGAAUGAUUGCGAAUAAUUGGUAGGAUAAUUAAGAUUCGGUGUAACGGGAGAGAGAUUUCUUCCGGUCAAGGACGGAAAUUGGCGAUCAAGAGGACGUGAAAUUAUUGUAUAGUCGUCUCAGCAGAGAGAUAAUUAAUAUGUAUAUGUGUCUAAAAUGACGGCGAUUUAUUUAAAAAGUGUACCUAACGGUAUAUAUAUAUAUUACGUGUAGAUACAGACGACAUGCAAUUUACAUUUUCUCUGUACCGCCUCUUGAACUUUAAAACACAUUACUUAUAUGUACGCAUACGAAUUAUAAAGUAUAAAUAUAUACUACAAUAAUAAAUGUUAUGCAUUGUACCCGAAGGUGGAUGUACACGUAUACCGAUAUAUAUAUAUUUCACGGAAAUAUAAUAUAUAUUAUGUAUGUA